AAUUUCGAUAAUUAGGAGAGAGAACGAAAGCCGUCGACCUUCAGCUGUUGUGUCUGGACUAAAAAGCCUUCGCCUCUCCUUUCUUCUUCUACAGAUUAUUCCUUUGUCUUCCUGUUAUUCUCACACGUACAUACAAACGACUAUAUAAGCACAAACACUCUCUCUCUUCAAGUCACAACUCUCUCUCUCUCUCUCUAUAUCUAUCUAUUUAUCUAUGGCGGAAUCGGUCGAGCUUCCGCAUCGACUGGCAAUCCUUCCCUUCAGGAACAAGGUUCUGUUGCCUGGUGCAAUUAUUCGGAUUCGCUGCACCUCACCCAGCAGUGUGAAACUGGUGGAGCAAGAAUUAUGGCAGAGGGAGGAGAAGGGGUUAAUUGGGAUUUUACCAGUUAGGGAUGCCACAGAGACAUCAUCAGUGGGUCCCACGUUAUCUCCAGGUGUAGGAACUGAUUCAGGGGAGGGAAGCUCAAAAAUUCAUCUUGGUACAUCAGAUUCUCACAAGUUUGACGGGAAAAAUCAGCAGGAAUUUAUUCAUUGGCAUACCAGGGGAGUUGCAGCUCGUGCGUUACAUUUGUCAAGAGGAGUGGAGAAACCAAGUGGAAGGGUAACAUACAUGGUUGUCCUUGAAGGUUUGUGUAGAUUCAGUGUCCAGGAGCUUAGCACAAGAGGAACAUAUUAUACUGCGAGGAUUGCUCCGGCUGAUAUGACGAAAGCUGAGAUGGAGCAAGUUGAGCAAGACCCAGAUUUCAUGGUGUUGUCACGCCAGUUUAAGGCUACUGCGAUGGAGCUUAUCUCUCUUCUUGAGCAGAAACAAAAAACUGGUGCAAGGACAAAAGUUCUGUUGGAGACCGUUCCAGUCCACAAAUUGGCGGAUAUUUUUGUUGCUAGCUUUGAGAUAAGCUUUGAGGAGCAGCUCUCUAUGUUAGAUUCUGUUGAUGUUAAAGUUAGGAUAUCAAAAGCUACCGAGUUAGUUGACAGGCAUUUGCAGUCAAUACGUGUAGCUGAGAAGAUUACACAAAAGGUUGAGGGGCAGCUAUCGAAGACCCAGAAGGAGUUUUUUCUUCGACAGCAGAUGAGAGCUAUCAAAGAGGAGCUUGGGGACAAUGAUGAUGAUGAGGAUGAUGUGACUGCUCUGGAAAGAAAAAUGGAAAGUGCAGGAAUGCCCCCAGAUAUUUGGAAGCAUGCGCAGAGGGAAUUAAGGAGACUUAAAAAAAUGCAACCUCAGCAACCGGGAUAUAGUAGUUCUCGUGUUUACCUGGAACUACUUGCCGAUCUACCUUGGCAGAAGGCCAGUGAAGAACUUGAAUUGGACUUGAGGGCUGCAAGAGAUCGUCUUGACAGUGACCACUAUGGUUUAGUGAAGGUCAAACAAAGGAUAAUUGAAUAUCUAGCAGUUCGAAAGCUCAAACCAGAGGCCAGAGGCCCGGUCUUAUGCUUCGUUGGCCCGCCUGGUGUUGGGAAAACAUCUUUGGCAUCAUCUAUUGCUGCUGCUCUGGGAAGAAAGUUUAUACGGAUAUCCCUUGGUGGUGUUAAGGAUGAGGCUGAUAUUAGAGGGCAUAGGAGGACAUAUAUUGGAAGCAUGCCAGGGCGCCUUAUUGAUGGAUUGAAGAGAGUGGCCAUUUGCAACCCAGUUAUGCUUCUGGAUGAGAUUGACAAGACUGGGUCUGAUGUUCGGGGUGAUCCAGCUUCAGCUCUCCUAGAGGUUCUUGACCCUGAACAAAACAAAACAUUCAAUGAUCACUAUCUGAAUGUUCCAUUUGACCUUUCAAAGGUGGUCUUUGUGGCAACUGCAAACAGGGUGCAACCUAUUCCUCCAGCACUGUUAGACAGGAUGGAAGUCAUUGAAUUGCCUGGAUAUACCCCUGAAGAAAAGCUUAGAAUAGCAAUGCGACAUCUCAUUCCACGUGUUCUGGAUCAGCAUGGCUUGAAUGCUGAGUACCUUCAAAUUCCUGAGGCUAUGGUGAAACUUGUCAUUCAGAGGUACACCAGAGAAGCUGGUGUCAGGAAUCUGGAGAGGAACUUAGCUUCCUUAGCUCGUGCAGCAGCUGUAAGAGUUGCAGAACAAGAACACUCUCUACCUCUCACCAAAGAUGUGCACCAUAUUGGUUCACCGCUUCUGGAGAGCAGACUUGCUGAUGGAGGGGAGGUAGAAAUGGAAGUCAUUCCGAUGGGUGUUAGCAAUCAUGAGAUAUCAAGUGCAUUCAGAGUUACCUCACCUUUUGUUGUGGAUGAAGCUGUGCUGGAAAAAGUAUUAGGGCCUCCAAGGUAUGAUGACAAAGAAACUGCCGAGCGUGUCUCAACUCCUGGCGUGUCUGUUGGGUUGGUUUGGACUGCUUUUGGGGGGGAAGUUCAGUUUGUCGAGGCUACAGCCAUGGUAGGAAAGGGUGAUCUUCAUCUCACUGGGCAGCUUGGUGAUGUUAUUAAGGAAUCAGCUCAGAUUGCAUUGACUUGGGUUAGGUCAAGGGCUGCAGAACUUAAAUUGACUUCUACUGAGGGUAUGAAUCUGCUGGAGGGGCGUGACGUUCAUAUACAUUUCCCUGCUGGGGCUGUACCUAAGGAUGGACCCUCAGCAGGUGUGACUCUCGUAACAUCACUGGUUUCACUGUUUAGUCAGAGGAAGGUAAGAGCUGAUACAGCAAUGACUGGAGAGAUGACUCUUAGGGGUCUAGUGUUACCAGUUGGUGGCAUUAAGGACAAGGUUUUGGCCGCUCAUCGAUACGGUAUCAAGAGAGUUAUCCUUCCAGAAAGGAACUUGAAGGACUUAGUUGAAGUACCAUCUGCAGUUCUUGGCAAUUUGGAGAUACUACUUGCUAAGCGGAUGGAAGACGUGCUGGAACACGCUUUUGAAGGGGGUUGCCCUUGGAGACAGCACUCAAAGUUAUGACAUGACCUUAACUGGCAUUACUUUAACAGACUUCUGGUGGGGAUCGACUUGUGUUUAUUUGCCAACAUAGAGUUUUGGGCUUGCGGAUUCAGGUACACAUGACAGCCGGAGGAGGAGGUGGCGAUUGGAGACUGAUGAAACUGCUAUUAACGAGUUCUGUCGAAUGGGUGCGUUGGGAGCCGAUUGGUAACAUCUGUGUCUUGGGGUUUUUUUUGGGAAAUUGUUGCUAUGUAUUUAUCCUUUACUCUCAGCAAGAUGUAUUUGUAACGGGCAAACAACUGCUUCCUUCUCCUCUCUCGCGUCUCAUUACCAAUCGUUGCUGUGUAUAUCCAACUUUUGGUUGCUGUUGCACAAGAUUCCAACAUAGUGAAUUGUUCUGUGAACCUUGAGUUGAGGGUUUUGAAAUUCCAGUUCUCUCA